AUGGCCGCGUCAGGCGGGUAUAAUUACCGAGAUGGCACUCAGAGGAGCUCUCAUAAGGUGGAUAGGCCUCUAUCUCUCAACUCCAACCCAAAGUCUUCUGUCAAAUCCAAGGCUUUGCCUGCUUCUGGGCCCCGCCGGAACAGCACUGGCUCUAUCGGCGGUGGUGGUGCUGGACCUGCUACUUCUAAAAAUGAUACAGGAGUUCCUGGAAGAGUUCGAGUUGCUGUAAGAUUGCGACCACGUAAUGCUGAGGAAAUGGUUGCAGAUGCCGAUUUUGCCGAUUGUGUAGAAUUACAGCCAGAGCUGAAAAGGUUGAAACUUCGGAAAAACAAUUGGGACACGGAUACUUAUGAGUUCGAUGAAGUGCUCACUGAGUUUGCAUCCCAAAAGCGUGUUUAUGAAGUAGUGGCAAAGCCUGUUGUUGAGAGUGUUCUUGAAGGUUAUAAUGGAACAGUAAUGGCAUAUGGCCAGACCGGUACAGGGAAAACAUAUACUCUUGGAAGACUUGGAGAGGAAGACACUGCUGCUCGUGGAAUAAUGGUUCGUGCUAUGGAGGAUAUUUUAGCAGAUGUAUCUCUGGAGUCUGAUUCUUUGUCAGUCUCGUAUUUGCAGCUUUACAUGGAAACUAUACAGGACCUAAUUGAUCCAGCCAAUGAUAACAUUUCUAUAGUGGAGGACCCAAAGACCGGUGAUGUCUCAGUACCAGGGGCUAGCCUAGUUGAAAUUAGGGACCAUCAGAGUUUUGUGGAACUGCUAAGAUUAGGGGAGGCUCACCGCUUUGCUACAAAUACAAAAUUGAAUACUGAAUCUUCUCGUAGUCAUGCUAUUCUGAUGGUAAACGUAAAGAAGUCCGUCAAAGGAAGAGAUUCAGCUCUGCCAAGCCAAAAUGGGAACAAUUCUCACAUGGUUAAAAGUCUAAAGCCUCCUGUUGUUCGAAAGAGCAAGUUGGUUGUAGUGGAUCUUGCUGGUUCAGAGCGUAUUGACAAAUCAGGAAGUGAAGGACAUACACUAGAAGAAGCCAAAUCAAUCAAUCUCUCCUUGAGUGCAUUGGGCAAGUGCAUUAAUGCAUUGGCAGAGAAUAGUGCACAUGUUCCAGUUCGAGAUUCAAAACUCACAAGAUUGCUUCGGGAUUCAUUUGGAGGCACAGCAAGAACUUCACUGGUUAUUACUAUUGGUCCAUCACCCCGUCAUCGAGGAGAGACAGCUAGUACUAUUAUGUUUGGACAGCGGGCUAUGAAAGUGGAAAAUAUGCUGAAAUUGAAGGAAGAAUUCGACUACAAAAGUUUGGCAAGAAGGCUAGAUAUACAAUUAGACAAACUCAUUGCAGAACAUGAAAGGCAGCAGAAAGCAUUUGAGGAUGAGAUUGAAAGAAUAACCAUAGAAGCACAAAAUCAGAUAUCAGAGGUUGAAAGGAACUAUGCAGAUGGACUGGAGAAGGAAAGAGUAAAAUAUCAGAAAGACUAUAUGGAAUCAAUAAAAAAGCUUGAAGAGCAGUUGGUGAUGAAUCAGAAAAAGCAUGGCAGUGAAAAAAUCACAAACGGACCUGAAGAUGAUGGCUCUGAUGUGACAACUAUCAAAGAGAGUUGCAGGGUGCAUGUUGAGGAAAUUGAUGACCUAAAGAAGUUGCUCCAGAAAGAGACGCUUCUUAGGAAGGCUGCUGAAGAGGAAGUGCAAAAUCUUAAAAUUCAAUUGACUCAAUGGAAAAGGUCCGAGGCAGCUGGAAAUUCAGAGAUCUUAAAGCUUCGUAAAAUGCUGGAAGAUGAGGAACAUCAGAAAGAGAAACUUGAAGGAGAAAUAGCAACACUACACAGUCAGUUGUUGCAACUAAGUUUUGAAGCUAAUGAGACAAGUCAACGACUAGACAGGAAUGAGCCUGGAAAAGUUGGUGGCCUUGAAUCCCUUAUGACUCAAGUUAGACAUCCACAACUCAAAGAUUCAGGAAAUGAGGAGAAAACCUCAAUAGCAAAACUCUUUGAGCAAGUGGGAUUGCAAAAGAUCUUGUCAUUGCUUGAAGCAGAAGACAAUGAUGUGCGAAUUCAUGCUGUUAAAGUUGUAGCAAAUCUUGCUGCUGAAGAAGCAAAUCAGGAGAAAAUUGUAGAGGCUGGUGGUCUUACAUCCUUGUUGAUGCUACUUAAAAGCUCUGAGGAUGAAACCAUACAUAGAGUUGCAGCGGGGGCAAUCGCAAAUCUAGCAAUGAAUGAAACCAACCAGGAGCUGAUAAUGACUCAAGGGGGAAUUAGUUUGUUAUCUAUGACAGCAGCAAAUGGUGAAGAUCCACAAACCCUUCGAAUGGUUGCUGGAGCCAUUGCUAAUCUCUGUGGAAAUGAUAAAUUACAGAGUAAGCUAAGGGGUGAAGGUGGCAUCAAAGCGUUGCUAGGAAUGGUCAGAUGUGGGCAUCCUGAUGUUCUUGCACAAGUUGCUCGUGGAAUAGCAAACUUCGCAAAAUGCGAGUCUAGAGCAUCUACACAAGGGACCAAGACUGGAAGGUCUCUGCUGAUUGAGGAUGGUGCACUUUCAUGGAUUGUACAGAAUGCUAAUAAUGAUGCCUCGCCAAUCAGGCGCCAUAUUGAGCUUGCACUCUGCCACUUGGCGCAACAUGAAGUUAAUGCAAAAGACAUGAUCAGUACUGGUGCUCUGUGGGAGCUGGUCCGCAUUUCUCGAGACUGUUCACGUGAAGACAUCAGAACUCUUGCAUAUCGAACACUAACUUCAAGCCCUACCUUCCAAGCUGAACUAAGGCGGCUACGGAUAGAUAAUUGAGGAGUUCAUGGCAUAAUGGAAACAUUGUGAAGGUGUGGGAGAAUGCAGCAACAAGAAUCAGCCUUAUUUAAACGCAAAAUCUGAGGAUUGAUCUUUCCACACAAACAAAAAAGGAAUCCUUGCUUGCAGCUGCAUUUCACCAGCUUGUUUUGAGGAAGUUGCCAUUCAUUGGCCGGGCGCCCUUUGGUUUAUAGUGCUAAUAUUUAGUUAAUUAAUUAGAAACUGCCCUAAUUUGUUGAUCAAAUUAUUAUAAGUUCAUGUUUCACCUGAAUGAACAUCCCAUAUGUAGCUUCUAACUAGUUUGUAUAUUGAUUUGUAUAUGAAACAAAUACGAAAAAGAUAACUAAUUUUUGGUUUUUUUGGAAUCACUUGUAAAAUAAACUAAAGAUUGCCAUGUUGCAACUGCUCAAAA